AUCAAAAACAAACUAAUAUCAAAGGAGAAGAAUAAUAACAAGAAGAAGAAAAGCUAUGGCAGGAAGAGGAGGAACAGAAGCGUUUCCUGAUCUUGGAGAGCAUUGCCAAAACCCUGACUGCAAACUCCUCGACUUUCUCCCUUUCACUUGUGACGGCUGCAAAUUGGUGUUCUGUUUGGAGCAUAGAUCAUACAAGUCCCACGAUUGUCCAAACUCAGACCACGGAAGCAGAACAGUUUCCAUCUGUGAAACAUGUUCUGUUGCAAUCGAAACAACUGGUUUUGACCAAGAAGGGAUCAAGUCUUUACUUGAGAAACACGAAAGAUCUGGAGAUUGUGAUCCGAGUAAGAAGAAGAAACCCAUUUGUCCUGUGAAGCGUUGCAAAGAGGUUCUGACAUUUGCUAACAACAUUACUUGCAAAGAUUGUGGAGUUAAGUUUUGUCUGAAACAUCGGUUUCCGACAGAUCAUGUCUGUAACAAGAAGACCGUUGCUAACUCAGGAACAAGGUCGAGAUGGAAUGAGAAGUUUAUGGAAGCUUUGAGUUUGAGGAAUGAGAAAGGAUGUGGAAGAGGAACAACUUCUGUUUCAUCAAGUUCUUCUCCUUCGAUUAGAUCAUUUUAGUUUCUUUUUUUCAUUCAUUGCAACAGUAUGCAUCAACAAAAUGUUUCUCAUGUAUGAUUAAUUCUCAAUUGUUUCCAAGAGCAUUUUAAUGUGUGGCAUUUAUAUUAGUCUGCAUUACAUCAAAUGAUUAAUGUUUAUGUUUAGUAUGUAACAAGAAGAUAUGUUUUGAGGCUUUUACCAGCUAAAUCA